UCUUCGUAAACAGUUUAAGCCAUUUAUCGUAACCCACCAAAUUGACAUAAGCCUAAGCGUUUUUUUCUAGUACAGGGGGUAACUAAAGCGUUUUAAAUAAUGGGAAUUGAAAACUUACCCGACGACGUUUCGUUAGAUGAAAAUAAUGUUUUAUCUUGUUCUGGAGAGUAUGAAGUGACAACGAGGGGCAUCGGUUAUGAGUUUUUUAAUAGCAUUAAAAAGAAUAGGCGCAGAGUAGCCCAGUAUAUAGCUGAAACAGAAGAGAUAGACACUUACGAAUCUUUACUGAAACGUUCUGUUCGUACUGCUUUGCAUUUGAAAGAAAGAAACCUAACUGAAGACGACGUGGUCUGCUUGUGUUCGUACAAUCAGAUUCACAGUUGCGUUCCAUUUUUAGCCUGUAUGUUUUUGGGGAUAAAAGUUGCCUCCUUGGAUCCAUCGUUUACUCAUGCCGAUGCGUCACACUUGAUAAAAUUGGUCAAACCAAAAAUUAUGUUUAUUGUUCCGGAGGUCUUAGAAAUGAUGAUGCUAGCUGUAGAAGAAGCAGAAAUCAACUGUGAACUGGUCUUGUAUGGUGAUGACGUCGAUACUAAUACCUCCACCCCUUUCAAUGAUUUCCUGGAACCUCAUGACGAUGAAGAUAUUUUCACCCCUGUAGAAAUAGACGAUCCCACAGAGACCAUUGUUAUUUUUUUCAGUAGCGGCACUACGGGCUUACCCAAAGGCAUAUGCAGUAGCCAUAAAUCAAUAUAUCAUCAGGGGAAUCUAACGAAUUAUGCGGGAAUAAUCAAUUCAAAUUCUAUAAUCGUGCUGUUCUCGACAUUAUAUUGGGUAUCUGCCGUGUUACAUUUAUCAGGAACAAUUUUGUGUGGAGCUGCCAGGUUGAUUUGUAGAUCUUUUGAUCCUAAUGAUUUGUGGAUUUAUUUGGAUAAGUAUAAGGUUACCUACUGUUUCUUAGCACCGAUUCAAGGAUAUCAAAUGAUAGCUGCAGGCCGACCCGAUGACAUCGAUACAUCUAGUCUCACUGGAUUAGUGACAGGAGGAGCUUUGUUUUUCUCAAACAAGCUCAGCGAACUGCGGGAUUUGUUACCGGGGGCUUUUGUUUUUCAAGCUUUUGGAAUGACGGAGGUUUCGGGCUUGUCUACGAUUUUCAAUUUGAACAAGACCAAAGAUAGACUGUUAUUGCAUUACAGACCUGCUUCAUGUGGUAGGCCCGUUCCUGGAUUUAAUUACAAGAUUGUAGAUCCAGAAAACGACACGAACUGUGGUCCAAACGAACGUGGCGAACUCAGAAUUCAGUCUGAGUUUAUCCUGAACGGAUAUUACAAUCAAGAUUCCUCCGAUGCCUACGAUUCUGAUGGAUGGCUUAGAACGGGAGACAUCGCCUACUACGAUGAAGACAUGUGUUUUUAUAUUGUGGGCAGAACAAAAGAAAUGUUAAAAUAUCGUUCUUGGCACGUACCACCCGCUACUCUAGAAAACGUACUGGAAGACCAUCCCGCCAUCAAACAAAGCAUCGUCAUUGGUAUUCCUGACGAAGUCGACGGUGACCAUCCUAUGGCGUUGAUCAUCUUGAACGAAAGUUACCAGGAAGAAGUUUCCGAGGAAGAAAUCCAGGAAUUUGUUGCAGAAAGGGUGAACGAUACCCACAAGCUAAGAGGAGGAGUGAAAUUUUUGGAUUCUUUUCCUUUAACACCAACCGGAAAAGUGAAGAGAAAAGAGCUGAAAGAAAUGGUCGUUGAUGGCGUGAUUUAAGAAAGAAAAAUUUUAUCAUUUGAAUUUUUUAAAACUUUUUAUUCUUGUUACAACAGAUAUUCAUAUAUGUACAUUCCAGAUAUUAGUAUUUUGGUAUUUGAGACGGUUCUAAAACCUUAUAUAUCAGUUAGAGACACGCUGUAUUUUACUAGCUAUUUGGUUAUUUAUUAAUUAAAAGCAUCUAAUAUAUUAAAC